AUGGCCCAGCUGUCCGUGAUCCCGGGGUCCGCCACUGCGUGGACAGGGUGCAGACUCAAGGAGCAUGUAAAAUCUCACAAGCAUGAAGGAGAGAAGCUCUCUCUACCCCGGCAUCUGAAAGUAGUGGGCCAGAUCGAGCACCUAGUGAUCACACUGGGAUCCCUUCGCCUGGACUGCCUCGCAGCUGUGGUUGAGGAUAAUGAGAAAAAUUUGUCUCUUGGUCUCCAGACUCUCCGAUCCCUGAAGUGCAUCAUAAACUUGGAUAAGCACCGACUGAUCAUGGGGAAGACAGACAAGGAAGAAAUUCCUUUUGUGGAGACAGUUUCCUUGAAUGAAGAUAACACUUCAGAAGCCUAACUACAGCCUGUAGCAUGUCUGCACAUGUGCAUAUACACAGGUUGACAGACUGAGAAAACUGGGUUCGAACCAAAUGCAGUAGCAACUUGCUGUGGACCAAGUCCUUUUCUCUGAUAGAAGCUCCAGGGGCCCCUUCCCACCCAGACCUCUCUAGACUUUAGUCUGUGCAUACAGAUCUUGUCGGGUUAUAGCCAUUGUUUUUUACUCCUUUGAUCGCUUAAUUUAUAGACCUCUCUGACACUGCCAGGUCUCACUUGUGGCCUAUUUCUCUGCUUUCUCCAGGAAUUUGCUUUUAUUAGUCAAGUAUAGGAGCUGCCAGGGUCUAUUUCUCCAUAGAUAUACUUUCUUGUUUUCCUAUAGCUAAAAUGUUAUAAUAAACAGGAACCAGACCUUUACCUCCUUUUCACUGUUUUAGAGAGGUGCAGGAUACUUACGUCUCAAAAUUAAAAUUUCUCCUAAUUCAUUCAUUGAUUUCUCAAAUAUGAAUUGAUCUGAAAUCUGAAAGAGCCCAGUGAGAUAAUCUAGUUCAACUCUUUCAUUUAAAGAUCCAGAGAGGCAAGUGAAUUGUCUAAGCUCAUAUAGCUGAGUCAGUGGCACAUGGGACCUAGAACUCAGCCCUGACAAGCCAAGGCUAUGUUCAUUCUCCCAUGCUGCUUCAUUUGUCUUCAAGCCUUGAGAGGAGAAUGAAGAGGUGAGGGUUUGCAGAAAGGCAAGGUAGGGGAAUAAUAUACUUUAGGGAUAGAUGCUAAGAGGAUCUUGGUAGCCCUCCUGUGUGCUAAGCCCACUAAAAGUCCCCUGCCCCAAGCUGUCACAUUUAGGCCUAGAUCUUGUAUCUUGGUGCCUAGAAGCUGAGGGUACAAAGAUGAAUGAGAUUGUCUUUUACCUUGAACUUCUUGGAGAGAAGAGGGGGAAGGAACCAGAGACAGAAGAACAUUAAUCACUCUUUGAGAUGGAAUUGAAGGCUUCAGUAAAUGAUCAGGGCAUCAUUGUCAGACAUUGAUACUCCCAAGAUCCAGUCACUAUUUCUGCCCAGCCUGUUAUUUGUCUGCCAUGGACUCAAGUAGCUGGGCAUAGGAGAAGGGAAAGAAGAUGAAAAAACCCAGAGCAGGUCCAGAAUAGAAGGGAGUACUAGGUAGAACCAGAUGGUGGGAAGGCUUACAUAGGGAAACCUUUCUGGGAUGGAGGUCGGGAAUGAAACUUGCAGGCAGGGAAUUGAGGGCUGGGAAAUCCUUCAGCUCCAUCCUGGUACAAGGAAAGAGGCAGGCAGGAGCUGACAGGAUGAGGGACAACCUUUUCUGACUGCCCAAUAUUUCCUGACCCCUCUCAAAGGGUUGGAGAUCACAAGGACUUCUUGAAGCAUUUUUGUUGGGGUAUCGGCUUGGGCACACAGAUACCUAUAAUGGAAUUUCUCCU